AUGGAGCCUCCGCAGCAGCGCUCGCGUACGGCGGCGCGGCUGAGCGUGACGGCGCCCGAGGACGGUCCGAGCGUGGCCGUGGCCCAGCAGUGGCUGCGCGACGUGAUCCUGCCGCACCGCGUGCGCGACAAGGAGGCGGGCGGCGCCUUCCGCCUCGUGGACAUGGGCGAGGACUCGGCCGAGAGCGAGCUCUUCCCCGUGUGGGGAACGUCGCUGGACGAGCUCUCGGCGUUCGGCAUCGGCCUGGGGCUGUACUUCCGCAUGCUGCUGCAGCUGAGCGUCUUGCUCUUCGUAUUGGCGGCCGUGUCCACGCCCAGCAUCGUCUACUUCGCGUCCGCGGCCUACUCGGGCGCGCUGGGGGCCCGGAGCUUGGACUUCCGCAUCCUCGGGACGGCCGCGUGCACGCGCGAAGUGGACGCAAUCGACACGGGCGCCGCCCUCUACGAGGUGCGCAACGUGACGGUCAACGACUGUCCGCUGGUCAUGCGCCAGCUGCACGUGGACAUGGUGGGGCUCUUGAUCCUGGCCGUCUACUGCAUCGCAGUGGCCGCCAUGCAGACGCGCGACAAGGCGCGACUGGACGCGCUGGAGCAGACCGCGUCCGACUACUCGGUCGUGGUCAAGGACCCGAACGCCAACGCGUGGGACCCGGACGAGUGGGAGCGGUUCUUCGCGCAGUUCGGCCGCGUCAAGUUCGUCACCGUGUGCGUGGACAACAAACGGUUAUUGUCGGCCCUGGCCAAGAAGAGGUACAUGGAGGAGAUGCUCAAGAUGGAGUCGGCCGAUGCGGAGGAGGUGAGGCAGGCGCUGGAGAACGCGGCGGAUCCGACCAAGGCAGCACCGAAGCAGACGCUGCUGCGUCGCCUACGACAGAGCUCGGGACUGGGCGGCUACGACGUGACGUACUGGAACACGAAGUUAAACGAAUUGCGUCGUCGUAUUUGCACCAUGUUGAGCGAGGACAGCUACCGAGUCUGGUCGGUGUUCGUCAUGUUCGAGACGGAGGAGGCGCAGCGACGCUGUCUGCGUGAAACUCGGAUGGGCUUGUUCUCCACGCAAUUCGACUGGACCAACAGGGGCUUGGCCAAGAGACUGCGCUUUCGUGGGACGAAUAUCUUGCAUGUGGAGCAGGCGGUCGAGCCUUCGUCCGUGCGGUGGAACAGUGCGGGUGUACUUUGGAGGUGGAGAAUGCUGCAGCAAGCUCUUACGAUCAGUAUCGUUGGGGGUAUGAUGGCCGCCGUCUACUUCCUGACAUUGUGGCUGAAGGAAACGUACAUCGGCGAUGACCUGCCCGACAGCAAACGCCGCGGAAGGCUGUUUAUCUUGGCGUACACACUGGCGAUGACCGAUCUGUUCGGUUGCCGGAUUCUGAGCUAUGUGGACAAGCUUGAACAGCACCAGACCAAAGAGCGAGAGCAGCUCUCGACACUCAACAAGCUGCUGCUCUUUCGCGGGUUCAACGGCGCUGUUGUCUUGUACCUCCUCAUGGACUUCACCGACGUUUUGUCGCAAGAAAAUCUGCUGCAGAUCCAGGCGUUGCUCAUUGCGAACCUUAUCACGGCGCCUGUGAUCCAACUUAUCAGUCCGUUCGAGAAGUUUUAUCGAUGGUACUACGGACCAAAGGCCAAGACGCAGCGGAAGCUCAACUCGUUCUAUUCGGGUGCCUAUUGGAAGUUGGCUGAGCGGUACACUCAGAUCACGAAGUCCGUCGGGAUCGCGCUGUUCUUCAAGUCGCUGCUCCCCACUGGCCUCAUUAUCACGGGAUUGUCGCUACUGGUGAAUUAUUGGGUCGAUAAGUACUGUUUGCUGCGCAAGUGGAAGACUCCACCUCGAUACGACGGCUUGCUAGCGCGUGCUUCUCGCUAUCACUUGUUGCUUGUGGUAUUGGUGUCGCUCAUCAUGAUGGGCCACUGGUACAAUGGUUGGCCGUUCGACCGCUACACGCAACGCGCCGUAGAAGCCGCCCGAGAGAAAACGCAGUCGAAAUACGACUCUCUCGUCAACACUCUUCACAUCGUUCUCCCCUUCUUGCGCGACGACUACCCGACAACGGCACAGCGGAACCUCAUGGACGUCCUGUACUGGAUCAUCCUGGUUGUCACGUGCAUGGUGGUGGCGUUCGUGCUGCUCAAGUCGCUCUACCGGAGCUACAUGCGCUACAUUGUGGGCAACCUCCCGAGUGGCUUCUUCGGUGGUCGGGCCAAGCAAAGCGACAUCCCAGCUUCGCAAGUCUUCACGCUCAACGGCUACGUCCCGUCGUACGAGUCUCGGUACACUGAUUUCCCCUACCUUUCGGUUCCUCUUGACAGCUUCGAGCCGCGAUACGUUAGUUGGAGUGGCAACCAUGAGGCCUACUGCUUGGUGAACGACGUCCUCGAAGACCCUCAACUCGCUGAGAGUUUAGGAGACAAGCCUCUCCAACAACUCUUCGGUGCCUGUAAACAAUACGACAUGCCUGGUGCCAAGAUGCGCCUCCCGUGACUUCGUUGGACUCGAUCAGUUUGGUUUGAACUGAAGCCGCCACGAAAGUGCGUCUGAAGAAUUUUUCUACCACUCUUCAGGGCCACAAAGCUGAUUAACGAAUGUAUGAUAUUGAUCUGAAAU